CAUAGAUAGAUAGAUAGAUAGAUAGAUAGAUAGAUAGAUAGAUAGAUAGAUAGAUAGAUAGAUAGAGAGUGAGAGAGAGAGAGAGAGAGAGAGAGAGAGAGAGAACCCUACAGGAUCAGUAGUGGAAGCAUGUGAGAGGGGGGUGGAUCAAAGGAGAAAGAGAGAGAUAGAGGGAGGAUAAGCGAGAUGUCAGCAGUAGCUGUAGCCAAUGAGAAGGAGAGAAAAGAAAGCUGAGAUUUCCUUUAGGCUCCGACGAGAAGAGAGAAGAUCGCUAUUGUCUUUAAACAAGCCAUAAUCUGCUGCAUCAAGAGAGAGAGAGAGGGAGAGAGAGAGAGAGAGAGAGAGAGAGGGAGAGAGAGACAGAGGAGAGAGAGACAGAGAGAGAGAGAGAGAGAGAGAGAGAGAGGGAGAGAGAGAGAGAGAGAGACAGAGGAGAGAGAGACAGAGAGAGAGAGAGAGAGAGAGAGAGAGAGAGAGAUGCAGCAACCGGUCUUCCUCGUGUGGGGGUGUGUGUGUGAGUCUGUCAGCCACCAAUAGUGUGUGUGUGUGUGUGUGUGUGUGUGACAAAAACAGCAGCAUAAGAGAGGGAAGAAUCCGAGCAACAGCAGAGGAAAGCUGCAGCUGGUACACCGGCAUCUCCCACACACACACACACACACACACACACACACACAGCGCGUGAAAGAAGGUGUGUGUAGGACGAGCAGAUGAGAGGUGUGGAUGGUUCUCCAGAGCUGCGUGCUGAUGGGGUGGGGGUCGACGAGCAUCAAUAAGCAGAACAAGUCGUCUCUUCUUUUCCUCCAGGAUACCAAAGAUGGACAUCUUCCUCUCUCCAGUCAUCCUCCUCUUCCUCACCCAUGUGUGUGAUGCCUCUGGGCUGCACAGUCACCGUCGCGCAGCCGUCAGCGUGUGUGUGGAGGAAGAUCACGCUGUACGCUGCUGAGAAGAGGUGAUCCCUCUCUCUGUGUUCCAAGAUGGAUGGCAGCGAGGACGAGUGUGUGCGCUUUUUGCAAUAUGUAGAGGACAUUGGCUUGAGGGCCUACGACGAGCUGGUGAUCCAAAACGCCUCAGAUAUUGCACGCGAGAGUGACCGAGUGCGCAACCGCCAGCACUGGGCUUACCUCCAGGAUCAGAGCCAGAAGAAGAGACGUCAGGAGGAGGCCAUCAAGAGGAUGGGUGAGGAGGUGGCCGGGGUGGCAGAUGGAGGAGCUUACACGGGUAAACACUUCCGUAUGGGCUUCAUGACAAUGCCAGCUCCUCAGGACCGGCUUGCGGCGCCAAGCGGACCCGGUUUCACCGUACGCUCACAGUCUCUGCACUCUGUGGGAGGCAGCGAGGAUGAGGGAGGUAGCCCGACUCUCCGGAAACAACCCCCACCCAAACCCAAACGCGACCCCAACACCAAACUGAGCACCUCAUCUGAAACGGUCAACACCACCCUCACCACAGGCAAGGACACGAGUGAUGCAUCCAAGACUCGUCCAUGCAGUGAGGAAUAUCGUCGCAUGCCUCCACCCAAACCUAAGCGCAACCCUAACACUCAGCUCAGCACUUCUUUCGAUGAGUCCUACAUACAAAACCAUGGCACUAAAUUCAAAUCUGCUUCUUUGCCCCGACGUCAGAAGAAGAAGUCAGUGUCCCAGAAUCAAAGCCCCGCAUUGGACACUGACGAGGAAGUGGAGCCUGUUUACAUAGAGAUGGUGGGAAACAUUCUACGUGACUUUAGCCAAUUUACUGGGGGCAAUGCAGAUGAAGAGGACGAUCAGGGAGAGAGCGUGUAUGAGGAGAUGAAAUACCCCACCUAUGAAGAAGCUGCCCUUUCAACCGAGCAUGUCCAGGCACGCUGGGAGCCAAGCCUUGCUCCCGCGGUUUCGGAUAUAGAUCUAACACGAUCGUCGGCCCCUCGUGGAUCACUUUGUGACAUACCUGCCCCCUUUCCUAACUUACUGACUCACAGGCCUCCCCUGUUGGUGUUCCCCCCUGCACCUGCUCAGUGCUCCCCAAAUUCAGAUGAAUCCCCCCUUACUCCUUUGGAUGUCACCAAACUUCCUAUGAUUGAGAAUGUUGGCUAUGGCAAACCUGGUUCUUCCCCAACAACAGGUGAUCCUGGACAACCCUUGCCAGCACAGCAGGCUUUGGGGCAACACCACCAUCACCAUCACCAUCAUCAUCAUCACCAUAAGAAGUCAUUAGACAGCAAAGAAUCUUCAUCCACCCAUACAAUCACGGUGUCCGGACGCUCCUCGGCUCCACCACUACCUUCAGCACUAUACAAGAGUGGUGGUUCCUCAGCGGCUCAUGGUUAUCCUCGCAGCCACUCCGCCUGUCCAUCUCCUAUCAGCAUGGGCCGCUCUUUGACCCCCCUCAGUCUCAAACGUCCUCCACCGUACGAUGCUCUGAUGACCGGCACAAUUCCCCGCAGUGCCUCCGGAGUGUCACAUGGCUCCCACGAGAGUGGACGUCUUUCAAACUCCUCCAGCAUCCAUGGUGGAUCCAUGCAAAAUGUUUCCACUGCAUCAGGGGGAUCAGGGGGGUCUAGUUCAGGGUCAGGAGGCCGUGGUUGUCGAACACCGACCAGUCCACUGGAUGAACUCAGCAACUUGUUUUCUUCUAGCAAGAACAUGCUGAGAAAAGGAUCUGGAGGACGCAAGAACAAGGAGCUCAGUGAAAUUGAAGGGAAGACCAGGAGCCACAGCAUUGACAGUAAAGAGCGUGCUCUUCGAAGCUCCUCCCCAAAAGUGCAGGACUGGGACACGCCCUCAGGACAAUCUGCCACGCCCACUCGUCUAGGCCGCUCCUCUAUCAGCCCAACCACCAUGCUGGGGAGCGGAACCUCAGAACCGAAAGCUGCCUGUAAACUCGGCCGCUCUGCCUCCACGUCAGGAGUGCCGUCUCCGGCCGGAACGCCUCAGAGACACGCCCCUGAGUCCUCAGCCAAUCAGAGUGGGAGCCCAUGCCAGAUGCCCCCAGUGCCAUGGGCAUGCGGGGACAACACCAUGAUGGAGAUGAUCGAGAAGAAACGGCAUCUUUGCAAUGAGAUCAAGGCACGGCAGAAACCAGACAAAGCUCUGUGCAAACAGGACAGCAUGCCCAUCCUACCCAGCUGGAAAAAGAGCAACGGGGGCAAAAAAUAUGGCCCUCCACCCUACUCUGCCCAAACCACAGUCUUCUGGGACACAGCAAUCUAACACGAGGAUGAAGCGAUCGAGGUAACGAGUAAUAAUCACCGUUCAGGCCUCCGGUCUGUAGACGCUGGAACAAGAGGGGGCGUAGCCAAAUCAACGGUGGCUGAUGAGCCAAUAGGAAGCAAAGGGAAUUUAUGUGAAAUUCUGUAGCAAAUCAACUUAAAUCUGAAGGGUUCAGAUUUAAGUGUCCUUGGUUUCUUAUCACUGUUUGUAUUUCAUAUUUUUAUAUGGAGAAAAGGAAAAGGCGAACUGGCGCUCUGCGUCAUUCCAGGUUUCUAAAGCAGGAAGUCGAGUAGAAACAAUUAGCCAUGCGAUCAUACGCAAAGAUGGUAUUUUUCUUCUGUUCCUCUUCUUCUUUUUUUCCUUUUUCUUCUUUUCUGUUCUUUUUUCUAUGUUUCUAUGUUGCAUCAACGCUUAUCAGUGUUGAAGAAAAAAAAAUAUCUAUAGCUUAUAAAAUAUAUGGUAUAAAAAAAUCAGAAGUAUGUCAGAAUCAAAUUGAAUAUGUGAGGAUUUUUAUAUUUGUGUGUUAAAGGAAUGUCAGAGGAUAAUUUUUUUCAUAUAGGGAUUUAACAAAAAGCACUAUUUUAAGAAAAGGAAUCUAUUUUGGACAUGUUGUAAUGAAAGCGUAGAGAUGGUGAUGGAUUGUUGUCCAGGUCUCGUUGUUGGUGGUGGUGGUGGUGGUGUUGUUGUUGUGUACUCGAGGUGCUGAUCUCUCUUCAAAUCAAACUCGACCACUUCGACGCCUGAUCUCUCUGGUGCUCUUCGACUCUUUUCUUGAGUUUUCCGUUCAUAAGGACUACAGCAACUCUGUGGAGAACAUACCUACGAGCGCUGUUAUUAUUAACAGGACAAAACUGUCUAACAGAUGGAAGGGAGAAGGAUGUAAAAGCCUGUGCACAUGUUAACUUGACUUCAUAUCAUCCCUUUAAGUUAUUUCAGGCAAUACCACGACAAAUUCCAUUGUUUUUAAGGGAAAAAAACAUUUCUAUGAAGCCCAGAUUCUGCUUGAUAUCGCUUUUGAACCUGUACUGUCACUGCUUGGUUACCCUACUGUGUUCACCUUUACUGUGUUCACCUUUACUGUGUUCACCUUUACUGUGUUCACCCCUACUGUGUUCACCUUUACUGUGUUCACCCCUACUGUGUUCACCUUUACUGUGUUCACCCCUACUGUGUUCACCUCUACUGUGUUCACCUUUACUGGGUUCACCCCUACUGUGUUCACCUUUACUGUGUUCACCUUUACUGUGUUCACCUCUACUGUG